UUGUGGACAUUUGGCGUGAGUGAACUGCUAGAUUUCGGGUUCGCUGGGAUCCGCGGAUUUUGGACUAGUCGGAUUCGUGACUGUUGGCGGGCUACACCUUGACGGGAGAACAGACGAUUUACGUAAAUAAGAUGUUUCUAACCAAUGGUCCUACUGGCGGCAACGCGGUUGGCCUGGGCAAUGGGCAGGCAUCUGGAAACAACGGGAUUCCGAACACGAACGGGGGGCAGAAUGGGAGUAACUGGAAUGGAUAUCAGGGAGGUGGCGGUAAUGGGGGGACCGGGGGAAACGGCAACGGAUGUUACAACUGUGGGAAGCCCGGGCAUUUUGCCCGGGACUGUUGGGCGAGGAAGGGUCGAGGUGACGCGCAUCCGCAGGGAGAUCCAGAAUUGGAGGAGAUUAAAGAACAUUUCCGGGCAAUGCGGAAGGAGAGAAUGGAACUGGAGGAGAAGCGCAAGAUGGAAGAGGAGAAGAGAGCGAAGGAGGAGGAAGAGCUUAGGAGGAAUUUGGAUUUCGCCCGUAAGGCUGAAGAAUUCAAACUGCAACUUCGCGUCGAGCUACUGGAGGAGUGGAGGAAGAACAACCAGGUAGUCGAAAAAGCUAGCGGAUCCUCGAAGAAAUCAGGCAGGAAGAAGCGAGGCAUGAACCGGGGAACCGGCGGCGGUCGAGGGAGGAGCCGUGCGAAGAAAAAGAAGAUGGUCAAGUCCAGCGAUGAAACGGCGACCGAGGACUCGACAAAAGACGACUCCUCGGAGGAUGAAUCAACGACGGACUCAGACGUUUCUCGCAAUCGGAAGACUCCUAGAGGCAAGAAGAAGAAGCCAUUCAACAAGCACAGGAAGAAAGGAGCAGUGAAAGGGAGGGGAGCGGUGGGAGAUACACCGCUUAGGACUUUCGAGAGGGGUGAAUGCUCCAAGCCUGGGAAGACGGAUCCAGGCGACAGCGGUAGACUCCAUAGUACGGAGAACGGGAGAAACCACGCCGCCGGAGACGAGGUACGGGGCGAACCGAAGACGCCACUAAAUGGCCACUACAAAGGACUGGCAGCUGAAUGCUCCCAGAAAGGCCUUAUUGAUUACUGCAUUGCAGCACACAAGACUUUCUCAGCUAAGAAGGCGGACAUGCUUAGGAGGAUCUGCGAGCAGAAAGGGGUGAAGUACACGACGAAGCCGGAAGUCGUGGAGAUCUUAGCUAGGCGGCAGGUGCAGCUGGCGUACGAAGGUUUCGAGGAAACCCCGGGGGUGUCGAAAGGAGAUGAGAAGACCAAAGCUUCUGGUUCACCUCGAAAAGCGUUCACGAUGGAGCGAGAGGCGAGCGGACUGCCUACCCCGAGAAGGGUACCGGUGCUCAUUAGAUCAGCACCGGAGCAGCCCGCGGAGGAUUCAGAUUGACGGUUCCCUACUAACGCCGAGCUUUGGGAUAGACUGGGGUACUGACUUAAGCGGAGGACUGCGCUUAGAAAUCU